AUGUGCUGCUGUUGCAAGUGUUUGCUGAUUGGAGGAAGCUGGCGUCUGGUUGUCUGGCUCGAUGAGUUUCUCACCGUCUUUGUCCAGCCCUUCCAUCCCGUUUUAUUCGAGGCUACCGUGCGCAUGUUCCUACCCGCGUGUCCAAAACCGCGACCCGUUUAUGAAUUUUACUCCUACUUCUGUUUCAUUUGUCCUCUCGAGUGGUACCGCAAGUGCAGUGGGCGAGACCCUAAGGCUGUCACUAAUUUGCUCAAGGACGCAGUUUGCUUCCUCUGCAAGACAGUGGACUUUUUUGACAUGGACGAAAUAGCCGAGGAGACAGGUAAUCUGCCGGAUUGGAAGUACUACAUGCUGAAGGGAAUAUGGCCCUGGGAAGACGAAGAUGACGACGAUGACGUCGGGGAUGGUGAUGACGAAGAUUACUAG